AUGAGCGAGAAGAUCCAUCAAGUAACCAGCGCGGCCCCGCAAAUCGAGAGCGUCCUCGCCACAACCUCACGCACUCCGUUUACUAGUGCUCUGACCAGCGUCCAACUCGGAAAAAUAGAAAAACUGCGCCUACCCGAGUACAAACCCGGCGGAGACCCAGUGGAACACAUGACAACUUUCAACAUUGCGAUGGCACGGGCUCGACUCCCAGAAGAAGAAAGGGACGCAGGCUACUGCCAACUGUUCGUCGAAACUCUCCACGAGCAAGCCCUAACCUGGUUUUCCCAGUUAGAAGAAAACUCCAUCGGAAGUUUCCGCGACUUGUCAGCAGCUUUUCUCAAGACUUACAUUAUGUUCACCACGCGCAGCGCUACUGCCUCUAGCUUGUGGAACCUCAACCAAACCAAAGAUCAGAGCCUUCGCGACUACAUGGAGAAGUUAAAAGUCGUAGCCUCAAGGAUUGAAAUUCCAGACGUCCGCGUAGAGGGAUGGAACAAGUGGGUAAGGGAGCUCGAUUCGCUCGACAAACCAGUCGAUACUGUUUGCACCACCCAACCUAUAACCGGAGCCGGGUCAGCAGCGGGGCCUUCCAGGACCGUCGAUCUCACCAAGCAUUGCAAAUAUCACGACGUCAAGGGACAUGAUACCACAGAAUGCAAAUCACUCUACGCUCAUUAUCUCUCGUCACUUGCGAGCGGUGAAUUUAAGUUCGAACCCUUGAAAGCUAAACCAAAGAAUGGCAAGAGCUGGAGCAAGAACAAGGAAAGAAGAGCCCAGCGCAAAGCCACCGGCAAAGACUUACGACGACAGUUGGAGCAAGCUAAAGGUCAUUUUCAACCUCCAACGCAUGACACCAACAUUUCCACAGACCUCCGCACCUUGCUAGACUCUAAGCGAGUACAAACGGGACAGUCGUUGAAUGUCAUCAUCGGAGGCUCCCCUCCUAGCGGAGACACUGUCCGUUCUGUAAAAGACUAUCGUCGACAAGUCGCGACUUCCCAGAAGUGGCCGACUAAACCGACAAGUCAUCUUCCGAUAACCUUCUCACCGGACGACGCUGAAGGAGUUCACGCUCCCCAUAAUGAUCCUCUUCUCGUCGUCCUUGGAAUUGGAGAGUAUGAUGUCACCAAGAUCCUCAUUGACACCGGAAGUUCCGUCAACCUCAUCUUCCGAGGAACUCUACAGAAGAUGGGAGUUGAUCUUGACGACAUAAAAGCGUCUUCCAGGACAUUAACCAGAUUCAAUGGAUCCUCCGAAACUAUCUUGGGAACGAUCUGCCUCCCGGUACGCGCGUGUGGCGUUACUCGAACGGUUAAGUUUGCCGUUGUAAGCACAAAAGCUCCUUAUCACGCUAUACUCGGCACCCCUUGGCUACACUCGAUGCAAGCCGUUCCUUCCACCUACCACCAGUGCGUCAAGUUCCCUGGCACGGACGGAAGGAUAAAAACGUUGCUAGGGGAUCAAAAGGCCGCUAGAGAUCUCCUAGUCGUCACAGUCAAACUCCAACGGUCAUCUCUACCCGUUAAUUUUGUGUCUCCCCCAACCUCAAAAGUCCGUUCCCAGGAAAGCGAGGGUCUCGAGUUGACGACGCCGAUCAAAGUCGAACCGUAA